GCGAACUCUCGAUUGUUCAGCAGCACGACUUCGGUACUUGGAAGAAUUGGGAGCUUGUCGUCAUCACCAACACAUACCACAUUCGAUCGACGUCAACGAGUAGACCAUAUCCUCUUCUCUUUCUCUAGCUUUGUCGCCAGAGGUCGAGUAUGAGGGACUACUUUUGCGUUCACGAUAAAGGCCCUGUAUGGGACGGGGUAGACUUUUCCCCAUGCUGGACAAGAAGUAUACUACCAGGAGUAUUCCCACUGAUCGUCAUCGCGUCAUCGCUGGUCGUACUCUUGCCAACCAUCGGUCGCCGGAUAGCAUCAUCUAGCAAGAACAUCUCCUUGGCCGAAGAGACCCCCUCGACCAAAGGCUCGGACGAUGAGAAGCCAUCGUUGCGUCGGAUUGAAGAUCAUAUCCUACUGGAAUCCGUUCAUACCUCUGUGGAAGCUUCGGUACAGACCGGUACACUCGAUGAGCGCGAAAAGAUCCCCGUAGAGAGGCUAGGCGAUUGGAUCGGCUUGAUCGGUUCGAUCGGGUUUGUCGUCGUGCAGAUUGUCUACAUAACAACCACGUCUCAUCACAGUUGGGAGAGACUGGCCCUGUUUAUCUAUAUGACCUUGUUGGCUGCGACGGCGAUCCCUACCGCCAAGACUGCUCCGUUCGUCAAAUAUAUCCCUCAAGUGCACGUCGUCGCCUUGCUCUGGCUCUUCCUACCUGUCCAAUUCGUGGUCUUCCGUUCCGCGCUUUUGCACCACUUGCGGGACUCGACGGAGGUAGCCCACCGACACGGCCAUGGCUACGCUUCGAAACACCACACCUCGUCAAAGAAGCCGUUCGUCUUCGAGACCAUCCUCAUGGCGCAUACCAUCUUUUUCCUCGUCGUUUACACGAGCGUCCCAUUCCGAACUCGAUUGGACGGGAUCUUGCAAGGCCUCAAGGCGGGCAAGGGCAACGGAGCUCGGCGCAAGGUGGUCAUCGGCUAUGCAGCCGAGGAGACCGAGGCUUAUACGGUCAAUGACAACCCUGCUGAACCGCGAUCGGUCAUGUCCCGAGCCUUAUUCUCGCAUGUCAUCCCGAUCGUAUUUAGGCACUACAAGAAUCCGCUUCAAGUCAAGGAUGUCCCGGCGAUUCGGGAGGACGAUACCCCACCUGUCAGCGUUGCUAACUGGCGACUCGAUCAGAAGGAGGCAGACGGUCACGCUGAAGAUCGGAAAAGUGGCGGUCCCAAAAAGAAGCCUACCAAGUUCGCUUUCAGGCUAUUCUGGCAUUUUAGAGAACUGUUCUGGUUGCAAUUCUUCUGGUCGCUCUGGGCCGUCAUCUUUGCCUUCUUCUCGCCUUUGAGUUUGCAACUGCUCUUGCGCUUCGUUGCCGAUCGCAAAUCGGACGACCCGACCGUGGCAGGCAAGACACCCACGCACGUGGCGGUGCUUUACGUUGCUCUCAUGGUCAUCGGUCAGCUCGGAAGCUCGCUCUCUCAGUCUCAAAUCUUGAACACUGGUCGCCGAAUCUGCAUUCGUUCGCGAGCCGUCAUCAUCACCGAGAUCUACUGUAAAGCGCUCAGAAGGCGAGACCUCUCGGGAGCUGUCGCCGCCCGGUCAGUGGCACCGACGGACGACAAGUCCGGCUCUGAAGAUGCUAGCAAACCGAAAACGGAAGCGGUCGAAGCGAACAUCACCAACCUCGUCGGUGUGGACGCAUUCUUCAUCUCCGAAAUUGCGGGGUAUCUGUAUUACUUCGUCACCUGCAUUCUGUGCAUCAUCGUCGCCAUGGGCCUUCUUUACCGUCUGCUGGGGUUGUCCUCGCUUGCAGGAGUCGCGACGAUGAUACUCCUGACUCCGAUACAAGGAUACAUCACCAAGGCCUUUGCGAGCACGCAGAAAACGCUAUUGCAUGCUACCGACGCCCGGCUUGAAGCGGCAACCGAAGUCUUGUCGUCUAUCAAGACUAUCAAGUUUGCAGCUUGGGAGAACAAAUUCUUCGACCGAAUGCAAACAUCGCGCGAUCAUGAACUAGGCGUAUUGAAACACCGUUUCUACCUGCGAGUACUCGCCAACGUCAUGAUGCAGAUCACGCCUCCAUUGGUCACCAUCGUCACCUUCGCCUUCUACACCCUCUACUUCAAGCGACCCUUGACCGCUGCGAUCGCUUUUACCAGUCUUUCGCUCUUCUCCAUGAUUCGAACCCCCCUGGCCGCUGUCCUCGAAAUGACUACCGCUGCCACAAACGCAUACGUCUCGGCGGGGCGUGUCGAGGAUUUCCUCAACGUCGAGGAAACGCUGAAGUACGACCAGCUGUCCGUAGCAGUCGCACCAGAGGAUCCUACCAUCGGGUUUAAGAAUGCGGUCAUUAAGCACGCAGCUCGCCAGGGUGAGGAGGACAAAUCUGCUACCGUUGCGGAAUCGAGCACCAGUGAAAAUUUCAGGCUGGAGCUGGAUGAUGUCAAUUUCCCUGUCGGCGCCAUGUCUAUCAUCGUUGGCUCUGUAGGAUCAGGGAAAUCGACCCUUCUCAACAGUCUUUUGGGCGAAACCACUUUGCUAAGCGGGAAGAUCUUUAUGAUCAACGAUCGUGGGGACCGGGAGCUCUGCCCGCAGGACCCCGUUACAGGCUUGACAGACACUGUCGCAUAUUGUCCUCAAGCGCCCUGGUUGAUCGGUGCGACCAUCCGAGAGAAUAUUCUCUUCGGCCGACCGUACGAGAAGAGCAGAUACGACAGUGUCAUCGCGGCUUGUGCCCUCGAGCGGGAUCUAGAGAUUUUCGAAGAGGGAGAUAAGACCAUCGUCGGUGAAAAGGGAACGGUUUGCAGUGGUGGUCAGAAGGCACGUAUCGCUUUGGCUAGAGCAGUCUACAGUUCAGCUCGAACCCUUUUAUGUGACGAUGUCACAUCAGCGGUCGACGCCCACACUGCUAGUCAUCUCUACCGGAACUGCUUCAAAGGACCCUUGAUGGCCGGUCGAACAUUGAUCCUGGUCACCCAUGCUGUCGGUCUCGUACUACCCGGUACAGAGUAUGCCGUCAUCCUUGAGGAUGGCGAAGUCCGAGGUAUCGGCUCUCCUGGGAAGCUAAAGGCACAGGGCCACUUCGCCGAGGAGGAACUAGAGGACGACGGCAAGCAGCUCACUAAACACCUUGGUGCCAGUGGCGAUCCUAAAGACUUACCUCACGUCGAAGAUGGUACUAUGACCUUUGAAGAUCUGGAAGGACAUGACGGGGAGAUAGAACAGGUUGCCAAGCAGAUCGACAAGGACAAUACUGACCCGGCGGCGAAACGGGAGAAGUUCUUCAAGGCCGAAAACCAAGCUACUGGGUCCAUUGGGCUAGCAACCUACACUGCCUACUUCAAGUACAUGGGCUCGCUGGUCUACUGGAUCUUCCUGGUACUGCUCUUUGUAGGGGCCCAAGGGACUCAGAUUCAGACCAACAACUGGAUCCGAAGUUGGGCAAACGCCGUGGAAGAGGCAUACUCUUCUGCUCUCAUGCAAAGCAUCGAAUUGGUUCGAGAGCUCGGAGAUCGCUACAAGAUCAAUACCCCUGAGGAUGACUCGCUAUACUACUUGAUAGUAUAUGUCAUCCUCAACGUUUUAUUUGGUAUCUUGGUAGCUGGUCGAACCUUGGCGACAUUCAAUGCGUCAUUGAAGGCCAGUCGAGUACUGUAUGGCCAACUCCUGAGGGCUGUUCUGGGAGCCAGAAUGCGAUUCUUUGACAGUACACCUUCCGGGCAAAUCUUGAACCGUCUCUCCAAUGAUAUUCAGGUCGUCGAUCAGCAAGCUGCCGAAGUUAUGAUGCUCUUUGUGAACUCCGUUCUCAACACGGUCGCCGUCUUCGUCGUCGUUUCCAUCGCUACACCCGCCUUCAUCAUUGCUGCCAUCUUUAUUUCGGGCCUGUACGCUAUUAUCGGAGCUCUUUACAAUGCCACAAGCCUGGAGGUCAAACGAUGCGAUUCCGUCACAAAGUCUCCUGUGCUCGUUGGGUUUGGCGAAGUCUUGCAGGGACAGACUUCGAUCCGGGCCUAUGCGGACACCGCAAGAUUCACCAGGGAACUCAUGACCAGACUCGAGACGAAUAUUCGAGCGUUCCAUCUGCUUUGGCAGAACAACCGUCUGUUGUCGGUAUACUGCGACGUAGCUGGAUCUUUGGUCAUCAUCUUUGCGGCCACUUUUGUUCUCCUGAACGAUAAACUUACCGCUGGUGCCGCUGGAUUAUCCUUGUCCUACGCAAUGACAUUCACGGACUUUGUACUAUGGAUUGUUCGUCUCUGGGCCGCUAAUGAACAGAACAUGACAUCGGUGGAGCGUCUACAAGAGUACCUGAAGCUGGAGCCGGAGGCUAUACCUGAAGCCAAGGAGCCGCCCGCAUAUUGGCCUACUAAAGAAGCCAAGAUCGAGGUCGAGGAAUUGACUUGCGCGUACGCACCUGAGUUACCUCCGGUGCUCAAGGGCGUGUCUUUCGUUGUUCAGCCUGGCGAGCGUGUAGGAGUCUGCGGACGGACCGGGAGCGGAAAAUCUACAUUGGCGCUUUCGCUGUUCCGCUUCAUCGAGGCCAGCUCUGGCAGUAUCAAAAUAGAUGGCAUCGACAUCUCCUCGAUCACCCUGACCGCGCUCCGAGAACGCCUUACCAUCUUACCCCAAGAAGCCCAGCUGUUCUCUGGCUCCGUCCGUGAAAACCUUGAUCCUUUCAACGAUCACGACGACGAGAUCAUCUGGGACGCACUGCGUCGAUGCGGUCUUGCUUCAAGGAAUACGCCUGGGCCUAGCAGGUUGACCAGUCGUGCUCCCAGUCGUGCCGCAUCUUUGCAUGAGCACGAAGAGGAUGGUAGCUCUACCGCGGUUGAAGAAAAGGUCAUGAUCAACAGCCUGGACGAGCGAGUCGCCAAGGGCGGAGCGAAUUAUUCUGCCGGGCAGCGACAGCUUCUCAGUCUCGCUCGAGGCCUGCUAAAACUUCGGCAUUCCUCGAUCUUGAUUUUGGACGAGAGCACUGCCAACUUAGAUCACGCCACCGACGAAGCUAUCCAGCGGGUCCUGAGGGAAAGCCUGGAUGGAGUUACCGUGAUUACCAUCGCUCACAGGCUGAGAUCGGUGGCAGACUGCGACAAGAUCUUGGUAUUGGAUCACGGCAAAGUCCUCGAGUACGAUAGCCCGUUGACGCUGAUGAAGCGUGAAGACUCGGCGUUCCGCGACUUGUGUAAGCGUUCGGGAGAGGAAAGCACGUUGCUCAGGAUAGCAGAAGAGGCAGAAGAGGAUCGUCGCAGGUACAAGGCGUAGUGCAUGAAGGU